GUUGAUCCAGAUAAUAACCAGUAAUAAUUUUAAAAUGUAGAGGAACAAUGUCAGUUAUGUUUGCACUCCAAUUUUGUUUUUUGCUUUCUCCGCUGCUUAAGGAUCCCUUGAUGAUGGUAGAUGCUGUCCCAUUGCAAGUUGCAUCUUACCAUCAAGAAUAUGAUAAGACGACAGUGAGAGAAACAACGACAAACUUAUCUACCACAACUACCUUUACGGAAAGAGAGCAGCCAGAACCAAGUUUUUUUUCAAAUUUAUGGCGCAAGAUCACUAACUUUUUCGCGCCCACUGAGACAACUACGACUCCCGAAGAGUUUUCCAAAUUCGAAGAAUCGGAGGAUAACACAGAGCGACCUAUUCGAAGAGUGGCACCUCAAAUAAGGAAAGGUAACAUUAAUCACGACUAUAGAAGGUGGCAAAGAGGAAUGGAUGACGAGCAAAUCCGCGGAAAUGGAUAUUUCAUAAUUUAUCCCACGGCAUCCACAUUCUGGCGACAUGAUCAGAGAGAAAAAAUUGGAAAGCAAGAACAACCACGCAUCAUCCCAGCUUCGUAUGAGGUAAGGCCCAGUUACUUAAGCAGACAACUUUUGACCAUUCUUUCUGUCCAACCAUUAAUGAAUAGAGGAAAAGCAAUUAUUGAGAGAACAGAGAAACGUCCCAAUAAAGAUCGAGUUACUGUAUUCGUAGAGGAAUUCGAUCAAGGGGACGAAGAAGCACAAUGGCAUAAAAGGUUUGGGAAAGGCCAGAUCAAUAACCAACAGAAAACAGAAACAAUCAUUAUAGGAUCUGAUCCAGUGGAAAAUAUUGACAAUGAAAAUUUUCUUGACGAAUUAGAAUCCAACACAGAACCAGAUUUUAUUUCUGAGAUUAAACAAAUUAUUGUGGAAGAUAACAAACCUGUAAAGCCUCAAACAACAACAUACAUUCAAGAGCUUCCAGCUGUUGAAAUUAUUAAAUAUUGAAUUUUAUUUAUUCUUACUUUUGAAUCUACAUUACAUUUCGUAAAUCGUGCGUUCAAUAUAAAAGUAUGAAAUACCAAAAACCUCAUUAUAAAAAAUGUAUUUAAACACAUACAAGUUGAUCUUUCAC